UCAGUAUUUUCAAACAUCAGAGAGUUACACUUUGCUUCUUUCCUAAAACAAGGCGUCUUGUAACUUAAACGCAACCCACUCCACUUUAGGUCGGAUCAAUCAAGAUUUAACAGAUUUGCUUUCCACAAUGAAUGCCUCGCCAAUUUUGACGUUAUUGGUACUCAUUUUACCGCUGAUCACAUCGUGUCUAGCAGUGACUGAUAAUAACAAUGAUGGUAAAGAUAGCAACAGAGCUUGUGGUCACAGUCAUUGGAUGCAUUGCUCUUGCGCGCCUGGUAUCCCAGGUAUUCCUGGGAGCCCUGGGCUCGCGGGGCCCGCGGGUGUAGCGGGAUCGCCCGGCCCUCGAGGACAAGCAGGGGACAAAGGAGAGGCAGGGACACUAGGAACUCCAGGGUCUACGGGCCGGGAGGGUCCACAAGGAAUUAAAGGUGACGCCGGCGACAAAGGAAGCCAAGGAGCCCCUGGCCCUCAAGGCCUACCAGGGACAUUGGGAAGUAACUGGAAACAGUGCGUUUUCAAAAAUCUGAACGACGAUAGGGACAUUGGACUAGUCAAGGAAUGUGUUUUCAACAAAUUGUCUCCCAACACUGGCCUCCGUGUUUACUGGAAUGGCGCUCUCAGUAUCUACAACUGCCACGCUUGCUGCAAGCGGUGGUAUUUCACCUUCAACGACGUAGAGUGCUCGGCCCCCGCUGCCAUUGAUGGUUUAGUGUACAUGGUACAUGGGAAUGGAAACAAGAAGAAUUUACACCGGGUGCGACAAAUCGAAGGUGUAUGUGAGAAAGUUCCCCCGGGAAUCGUGCGCGUGGGAUUCUGGGUCGGCAAUUGUCAGAGUGUCAAAAGUGCUGACGCGUACACGGGCUGGAACUCAGUAUCCCGGAUUUACGUGGAAGAAGUGCCACCUCCACAGGACUAAAACCUGUUAAAACUACGUCAAGUCUGCCAAACUUAGAAAAACUACACGUAAAGCUCUUAAAAAAGCAAAAUCAAAAUAGUGAGGGUUAAUGAGAGGCUAAUAUCAUGAGUUGGAAUAAAUAAAAUAGAAAUCUAAUAAGCAAGGGCUCAAACUGAGUAAAAGCAGAUGCAAAUGGUAAACCCCGAAAUUAAAAGGAUUGACGGAAAAUCUAUCAUUUUCUAAAAUCUAUUUCCACACACGUUGCUUUUGACAAAGCUGAUCCCAGCCGUAUACAAAACGCCUAGAGCCAUAGCAUCCUUGUAAUGGCUUAACUAACGAACGAACUGUCUUCCAUGUACAACAUCGGACCCUUAAGACGUCUGAUUCUUUGUAAGGAACUCAAUUU